GAACACCAUGCAAAGGUGGUUGGAGAUCUUGACUUCUUUGGAGUCUGCAGAUCGUUAGUAGCCAUUUUGAUACCAUGGCCAUCCGGGUGUGUGAUAACCCUGGCAGGUCUCCUCUCUGGUUCUUUUAAGGUCAUCAUUUUAGAAGACUAUGCUGACCCUUAUGAUGCCAAAAGGACGAAAGGUCAAAGGGACGCAGAGAGAGCAGGAGAGAAUGAUGGCUACAUGGAGCCCUAUGACGCGCAGCAAAUGAUAACAGAAAUCCGACGCCGAGGCUCUAAGGAUCCGCUGGUGAAGGCUCUUCAGCUGCUCGACAGCCCCUGUGAGCCGGGCGAGAACAGCACGAAGACGGAGGCUGCGGCCAAGAGACGCAGCUCCAGGGACCUCCUGGGGAAGCCCCCCCAGCUGUACGACACGCCCUACGAGCCUGGGGACGGGGCCCCCGACCGGAGGGCGCGGCUGCCCGCGGAGGACGAGCGGCCGGCGGCCGAGUAUGAGCAGCCGUGGGAGUGGAAGAAGGAGCAGAUUGCUCGGGCGCUGUCGGUUCAGUUUGAAGGCUCUGACCGGCCUUCCCUCAAGGAGGACACAGUGAAGCAGCACCAACGGCCGAGGAGCCGGACGCAGAAGAUCCCGAAGCCGGCCGUCUCGGACCACAGCGAGGGGGAGAAGGUGGACCCGGCCCUGCCACUGGCGAAGCAGCCUUGGUAUCACGGUGCCAUCACCCGAGCGGAGGCCGAGAGCCGACUGCAGCCCUGCAGAGAAGCUGGUUAUCUGGUUCGAAACAGCGAGUCGGGGAACAGCAAGUACUCUAUCGCACUCAAGACUAGUCAAGGGUGUGUCCACAUCAUAGUGGCCCAGACCAAAGACAACAGGUACACGCUGAAUCAGACGAGCGCGGUCUUCAACAGCAUCCCCGAGGUGGUACACUAUUACUCCAACGAGAAGCUGCCCUUCAAGGGGGCAGAACACAUGACCUUACUCUACCCCGUGCACAACAAGGGGCACUAAGGUCCGGCCAGCAAGCGCCCUGGCCAGGCCCCUCCUCCUGAGCAGGCGUCUGCCCCCGACCGGCACUGGGGACAGGGCCGGAGUGCCCCACGGUGAUCAGGAGGAAGUGGGAGUCUCCAUCUAGAAGGCGAAAUCUUUGGCCUGACAUCCACUCCGCGACACCUGGUUACGGACCUGUUGCUUUUCUACAAUAAGAAAUCAUACUUUACCCGCUGCCUCCACUCUCCGGAGCAGGUGUUCUGUUUGGGGGUGACUCUCAGGAAAGGUAAGUCAGGAGUCCAGGAAUAUUAAGGCUUUCCAAAAAUGCGCUAGGUAUGACCUGGAAUACCUGGUCUCUAAACAAACCAACAGAAACGCAAUUGGCUUCCAUGUGAGGCAAUAAAAAAUGAUCGUGUGGACCAGAAGAGCGUGUAUCCUGGACCCCUCCUUGGGGAAGAGGACAAAGAGUGGGGAAACACGUGGAUAUGGAUGACUUGGAGAAAGUGUCCUGGUUCAGCUCUGGAGUCCAUGAAAAUUCACGACUCUGACGAGAGUAUUUUGUCGGUCAGCCUUCUAAGAAAGUUUAUGUUUUCUCAGUCUCUGUGGACUUUUUCAUCAUCUUUAAUAUGAACAUGAACAGGAAGGAAGAUGCCUCUGAUUUAAGAAUCGGCAAUGUAAAUUAAGCAUUGGCGUCAUUAUAAUUCUGAAUUGUAGAAUAAAAUAACGAUUUCAUUUCUGAUUUUUUAAAAAUCUGAAAAAUUUGCAAAGCUCAACAACUGUUUUCUUAUUGGAUAAUUAUUCAGAACUUCUGAUGUCUUUGGUUUCACCUUUGAGCAUUUCAGCUGUUAGGGAACGAUUUUUAAUUUGUGUCCCCCAAUUAGAUUUGCUCUGUAUUUUUGGAGUAAAUUUUAAAUAUACUUAUCUCUACCCCUUGGAGCUGAGUGCCUGAACUGGGUCUCAAACCUGCAGUCUGUCUCGUGCAGAGCAGACCAGUUCUCGCUGUACAAAACUGUCUUAAAAGACUGAGGUUUCUCCAACUACUACUGCUUCAGAUAUUAAAUUAAUAUUCAUAGUAUCGUUAUCUUUAUGGUUUGUUGUGAACUUCGAUUGCCAAUUUACUUACUGUGAAAAAAAUAAAUAAAACCCCAUGAGAA